AUGGCAGAGUUAGCGGGAAAGGAUAUAAAAGGUGUAAAAGAAAGAAGAAGUAGCUACGAGAAUGUAGAGGAAAUGCUAAAAAGGAAAAGGGAAGAAUUCGGGAAGGGAAGGAGUAAGGAGGAUAUACUGAAAAGUAGUAAGAAGGUGCUGAGAUCGCCAGUGAGGGGGAAAAUGGAGGAAGCGGAGGAGGUACAGGAAAUAUUGAAAAGCUGGAGAGAAGAAAGAGAGGAUAUAAGGGAAGAAAUUAGGAGAAUGAAGGAAGAAGUGAAAGAGGGAAUUAAAGAGCAAGGGAGAAUGAUGAGAGAGGAGGUAGAAGAGUUCAGAAGAGAAAUAAGAGAGAAGGAGAGGAUAUGGAGGGGGAAAAGAGAGGAGACCAGAAAUUAUAUCAACGGUUUGGAGGGAAAAAUAGAAAUACUGGAAAAUAGCUAUAAAUGGGGAAUAGAAGGGAAGAAGGAGGAGGCGGGGAACAAGGGAUUAGGGGGGGGUGGAAGAGAGGAUGAGAAGAUUGGAACGAGGAUUGGAAAGGGAGGAAAGGGAGAAAAGUCAACCAGGCAACCCACGGUUCUUUUCUCCAACUUUAACUUCAGAAUUCUAAGUCGGGAGACUAGGGCUUCUGAGGACAUGCUCAUCUUACCGCCGUGUCGAACUGAGCUAUACAAUCGCUCCUUUAGAAUGAGCUCUGCUAGGCUCUGGAAUGGCCUUACACCUGAACUACGGUAUGCUCGUACCUUGCCGGAUUUUAAACACAAGCUUUACACUUAUCUGCUCGCUCAUGGAUGA